UCCUCCUCGCCUUGGUUACUAGGGGACCACCAUGGGCAGCUACCGCGUCCGUGUGGCCACCGGGGCUUGGUUCUUCUCCGGGUCGCACAACCGGGUGCAGUUGUGGCUGGUCGGGGAGCGCGGGGAGGCGGAGCUGGGGCUGCAGCUGCGGCCAGUGCGGGGCCAGGUGGAAGAGUUUGAGCACCAUGUUGUCGAGGACUUGGGGCCACUCCAGUUCGUGAAGUUGCGCAAACAUCACUCCCUGGUGGACGACGCGUGGUUCUGCGACCGCAUCACGGUGCAGGGCCCCGGAGCCAGCUCGGAGGCCACCUUCCCGUGCUACCGCUGGGUGCAGGGCGAGGGUGUUCUGAGCCUGCCCGAGGGCACCGCCCGCCUGGCAGGAGACAAUGUGUUGGAUGCAUUCCAGAAACAUCGAGAGAAGGAACUGAAAGAAAGACAACAAACAUACUGCUGGGCCACCUGGAAGGAAGGGCUACCCCUGACAAUAGCUGCAGGCCGUGAGAAUGAUCUCCCUCCAAAUACGAGAUUCCACGAGGAGAAGAGACUGGACUUUGAAUGGGCACUGAAGGCAGUGUCACUGGAGAUGGUCCUCAAAAAUGUUUAUACCUUCCUGAGCACCUGGAACCAGCUGGAGGAUUUUGAUCAGAUCUUCUGGGGCCAGAAGAGCACCCUGGCUGAGAAGGUUCACCAGUGCUGGCAGGAAGAUGAGGUUUUUGGCUACCAGUUCCUCAAUGGCACCAACCCCAUGCUGUUGAGACGCUCCACCUCUCUGCCCUCCCGGCUGGUGCUGCCUUUAGGGAUGGAGGAGCUUCAGGCCCAGCUGGAGAAAGAACUCCAGAAGGGUUCCUUAUUUGAGGCUGACUUCAUCCUGCUGGAUGGAAUUCCAGCCAAUGUGAUCCGAGGAGAGAAGCAGUACCUGGCUGCCCCCCUCGUCAUGCUGAGGAUGGAACCCAAUGGGAAGCUGCUGCCCAUGGUCAUCCAGGUCCAGCCUCCCAACCCCAGCUCCCCGACCCCACUGCUGUUCCUGCCCUCAGAUCCUCCACUUGCCUGGCUCCUGGCAAAGUCCUGGGUCCGAAGUUCAGAUUUCCAACUGCACCAGCUCCAGUACCAUCUGCUGAACACUCAUCUGGUCGCUGAGGUUAUCGCUGUUGCCACCAUGAGGUGUCUCCCAGGAAUGCACCCUGUCUUCAAGCUCCUGAUCCCACACACCCGCUACACCAUGGAGAUCAACACCCGGGCACGGGACCAACUCAUCUCAGCUGGUGGUAUAUUUGAUAAGGCGGCGAGCACAGGUGGUGGGGGCCACGUACAGCUGCUCCGUCGGGCUACAGCUCAGCUGACCUACCGCUCCCUCUGUCCUCCUGACGAUCUGGCCGACCGGGGCCUGCUGGGACUCCCAAGUGCCCUCUAUGCCCACGAUGCUUUACGGGUCUGGGAGAUCACUGCCCGGUAUGUGGAAGGGAUUGUCCACCUCUUCUACCAUGAGGAUGAUGUCGUGAGAGGGGACCCUGAGCUGCAGGCCUGGUGUCGGGAGAUCACUGAGGUGGGGCUGUGCCGGGCCCAGGACCGAGGUUUUCCUGUCUCCCUCCAGUCCCAAAAUCAGCUCUGCCAUUUCCUCACCAUGUGUGUUUUCACGUGCACUGCCCAGCAUGGGGCCAUCAACCAGGGCCAGCUGGACUGGUAUGCCUGGGUUCCUAAUGCCCCGUGCACAAUGCGAAUGCCCCCACCCACCACCAAGGAAGAUGUGACAAUGGACACAGUGAUGGGCUCACUACCUGAUGUCAGAAAGGCCUGUCUUCAAAUGGCCAUCACAUGGCAUCUGAGUCGAAGCCAGCCAGACAUGGUGCCUCUGGGGCAUCACAAAGAAAAGUAUUUUUCAGACCCCAAGGCCGAGGCUGUACUAAAGCAAUUCCAAACAGAUCUGGAAAACCUGGAAAGGGAAAUUACAGCGCGGAAUGAGCAACUUGACCUAACCUACGAAUACCUAAAGCCCAGCCACAUAGAGAACAGUGUCACUAUCUGAGCUCUAAGGUGCCUCCCACCCUGAAAACUUCAGAUCAGCUCUAGGACUGCCACUUCUAUUUUGAAUUUCAUGGUUUGCUAAGUGUCUGCUGCUAAGGCUCUAUUUUCUCUCCCAGCUAAAUCCUCUACAUCAGUAUCCCAGGGGGGCAGCACACCUUUUCUGUAAAAACCCAAAUAAAAAUGUUAGGAUUUGUAGGCCACACAGUUUCUGUCACAAUUACUGAACUCUCCCACUGUAGCAAAAAGCAGCCACAGACAAUGUGAAAAUGAAUGUGUGACUGUGUUCCAAUAAA